AGGGCCUCUGAUCUGCGCUGGUUCAUCUUUGCAAGGUUCGGCACUGCCCAAGCCGCACUUGCACGAGGGAUCCAAGGUGAAAAACGCGUCGAGUCAGGUGUCCCCCAAAAAUCGGCCGGUUGGAUAGGACGUGUGCAACCAUUCGUUCCCCUAUAUAUCAGCCCCGAGGCUAAUUGGGGUUAGACGGGAGAAGGCGGCGGCUGUCUCGAUACCUCGUCGACGUCGACGUCGACGUCAAGUGUAGGCGGGUUAUGCCCCCCUCUGCUUUACGGGCAUAGUAGCGAAUCGCCCCGGCGACCAACACGCGAAUUGAACGCUGUCUUUGUUGGCUACCACGCACAAUGCACGUUGUUCUAGCUCUCUUCUCUCGAGGCCGAAUCCAACUCACCCCCUUCCCCCCCUUGCCGUGGCACAAGUUCCUGCAGCCCAUCCCAAUAGCGUGUGUGGGCACCGAUGACCACUGGCAGUAUUCUGAGUGGCCGGCCCGGCCGGUAGCUUUGGCCGCUGUUUCGUCAACACACGAGUAUCGGCCUAUUACCCAUCGCGUUGCGUUGCACCGCGCUGCUUCGGCUGCUGCUGUUGCUGACGACGCCUCGCCAGCUCUGUUGUCAGCAGCCUCUAUUAGACAGCCAGGCCUAGCUGAAACAACUCGAAGCAUACAGAACUCGUCACCUUUGACAGCAACUUGUACCUGCUUUCUCAUAUUCCGAGGUUAUCGGCUGCGCAACGACGAGAAGGGGGGGGGCGCGGAUCCUCCCCCUUCCCCCCUUGCCUUCCCCAGAUUUUCCUCUCGCAAGCAGCGUAGCGCACCGUGCUCGACUAUGAAGGGCCGGGGUCAGGUUAGGAGUUGGGGGGGAGGGGGAGGGGGUCACUCCGUCUACAUACGUAUGUAUAUACAUACGCAGAUGUGUGCAUGCCAGCCAGAACAAGGGCAGCAGCGCAGCAGGGUUGGGAUGCCUUUCUGAGGGAUGCCGAUCAGUCUCUCGGGGCUAGCGUGCUUGGUGGUACUGCCACCACCACUACUACUGCUACUGCUACUACCGCCACCACUACCACCGCCACCACCACCGCUACUACAUCCUAUUAUGUCUACCGUCCAUGUAGAUGGAUGGUAGGUCUGCCACCGCCGCCGCCGCCGCCGCCGCCGCCGCUACGACCACUGCUAUGUAUGCUACCCUGCCCCGACAGUCUUCGGGGCGACUGGAAAGGGAAAGGUUGCCCCCACCAUCCGCCAUUCUUUCGACAGAACGAACUCCGUCUCGUCGUCCAAUGGAUUCCAAUUGAAUGAGGCGACCGCCAUCCAUAUGGGCUCUCUGCCAGCAUAGCCACACCCUCAUUCGCAGUUAGUUAUUGCUUCGCUCGCCUACCCCUUUCCGGGUCUGCCAAGCUCAUGACGUCGCGCCGUCCUUUGUCCGAGGAGCUUCGAGGGCGCCAAACCGCCAUACCAUCCAUUCCCUCCUGCAUGCCGCCUAUCACGGGACCGGUACCUGUUAGUCAGUGAUGAUAAAGGCGCUACAUACCUCGGAUACAGGUACAUACAUGCUAGUCUCUGCGUGCUUCUAUCUCCCCCAUCGGGGCAGGAUUAGGAAG